AUGACACGGUUUAGAGCAGACUUUGUCAGCUUUCCCCUCUUCACAUGCCCCUUACGCUCAGAUUCUGGUUGCGUCAAGGCCUGGGACUUUUGUGAUCCCCCAAUUCCGCCUCUCCCUCUCCUCUUCUUCUACCGAAACAACAGUGAAACUGUUGCUUGUUUGUUGUCCACUCUCCCUUUCCACACAGCUCCGCCUCGUGGGGUCUCUGUCCGGAGCCUCCGCCUCAUCGGUUGUGAUUGA